AUGAAGAAAAGAAAUGGGAUUUUAUUUUGUUAUUUAAUGGCUAUUCAACCACAUCGCCAUGUUCCCAAGUUUCCAAGACGUCAUGAGCGUAAUCGACUAGAUUGUCGAACUCAUGAGCGGUUUGUGCGUUGUGGUCCAGAGCCUCAUUGCGAAAUGUCAUGCGAAAAUUUAUUCAGUCCUCCUCAUUGUCAUACAAUUGAAAAUCAUCCAAAGUGCUACUAUCCACGCUGCAUUUGUAAAAACGGCUUUGUUCGGAACAAAGAAGGAUUCUGCAUAAGAGAAUGGAGAUGUCCCAAUAGGUUCACAAGUUUAUUAUUAAAAUUUGUCAAUUCUGAAUGA